UUUUUCAGCGAAUCUCACUGCCCCGCCGCCUUGUUCAUCGUCUUCCAAGGGGCGCCAUCUGUGGCUUGAGGCAUUCCUCGCCGACUUUGAUCGCUCUUUGGGAUCAUCCUGUUUGUGGCAUCUUCCUGGAUCUCCGAUUGCAUCUGAGUUAUUUGUUUGGGUCGUUUGAUGGACUUCGAGCAACCAGAUCGGUACGGAAACAGGAGGGGCUACCAGCGGGCGGGGCCGUCUCAGGUUCCAGACAGAAGCAACAAGGUAUGCUUCCACUGGCAGGUGGGGCGAUGCAGCCGUCACCCGUGUCCCUUUCUCCAUAGCGACCCGCAGCAGACCGUGCUCGCCGAUGGCGCUGCCAAGCGGGGGCACUUGCAAGGCCACAUGUCUAGAAAUAUUGCCUCUGCGGGUGCGCCGCCCUCCAAGUGGGGUAAGGGUCGAGCGGGUGGCAAGGCUCCCGACAAAAUCUGCAAUUACUUCCUCGCUGGAAAUUGUAGUUUCGGAGAUAAGUGUAGCUUCUCUCUCUUGACCCAACUCCAGGGGCAUCAAAAGGUAGUGACUGGUAUCGCUCUGCCUUCAGGGUCUGAUAAACUCUACUCUUGUAGCAAGGAUGAGUCUGUUCGUGUUUGGGAUACUCAAACUGGGAAGUGCGUUGGAGCCAUCAAUAUGGGAGGUGAGGUUGGAUGUAUGACCAGUGAAGGCCCUUGGUUAUUUAUUGGAGUUGUGAAUGCUGUCAAGGCAUGGAACACACAAACAACAACAGAACAAGGCCUUGAUGGCCCUGUCGGGCAAGUUUACGCUUUGACCGUUGGCAAUGGUAUGCUAUAUGCUGGGACACAGGAUGCACGAAUAUUGGUGUGGAAAUUUAGUGCUGCUGGGAAUGUCUUUGAACCAGCUACUUCUCUUUCUGAUCAUCGGCAUGCAGUACUUUCUCUAGUUGCAGGGGCCAUGAAGCUUUACUCAGUUGACAUAUCAACUAGACCUAAAAUGGAGGAAUGGGUGUUUGAGUUAUGUAAAUUCAAAGUGGUGUCAGUAUAAAACUCACCUCACCAGGACAUUCAUCCAACCAAAUAGAAAUAAUCUGAAGCUUCUCAACAAGGUACCUCAAGGGCAUUGCAUUUCACGUGAAGAUUGGAGUAGUUUUGUGAUUAAUCGGAUGUCUGAAGAUUUUAUAAGGAAAAGUGAACUACAAAGUCAAAGAAGCAAGGCAAACUUAUACCCUCAUCGUCUUUCUCGAAAAGGAUAUGCGGGUUUGUUUGAAGAAAUAGUAAGUAUUUAGUUAACAUUAAAUUCCUACUUAUGGUUGUCAUAGUUGGUGUUGAGUACAUUGACUUCAUGUGAUUUUUUGCUUACAGUCUAGUGUUUUAUGUGAUGACGAUGA